GGCAGGGAAAGCGGGAGAGGGGUUCUUAAAGCCCGCGCUGGGUCCCGGAGGGAGCCGGCCGACCUCCCUCCCUCGCAAGGAGCGAACCAGCCCUUAACCGGCUUCUCGAACGCUGCCGGCGCUGCCAGGAGAGCCGAGCGAGGGAAGAAGCCUUCGAAGCCGGGCCGGCUCAGCCCUCUCGCCGCCUUCGGCCUGGAGAAGCAGCUGCGCCCAGCACGGCCUCCCAGGCGGGGAAGCGCCGGUGGCUCCCCCUGCAUCGGCCCCGGCUCUCCCAGCCUGCCCCGGCCGCUCCCCCUUGGCAAGGCGCGUCCCACGGGCUGGCGGCCUCGGCGCUCCCGCCCCGCCCGUGGGCUCUGAGAGGCUGCGCCUGGGCCGGAAUGAGCCGGCCGCGAGUUCCCCGGGAAAGCGGGCCCACUCAGGCAGGAGCCGAGAGGAAGCUCUCCGAAAGUCUCCCGCGGUCCUUGGGAGCUCAGGGGCCCCGGCGGCGCCGACCACGCACCGCGGAGGAGCGGCAGGCUGGCGGCUCAGCUGGAGGCUGAAGCGGGAGGGGGGCUCGUGGAGAGAAGGCUGGAGACAGCGGAGGGUCCCGGGAAAGCCCCGCCUGGCCCGUGCCCGGAGGAUGCCGGUGCCCGCUGCCCUCUUGACCCGAGGAGGACGGUGGCAGCUACUGCUGGGUGCGUAGGAGCCGCCUGGCCAGUGGAAGCCAUGGAGCCUCAAUGCCACCCCUGCCAGGAGCAUCUGUAGCCAGGUCAAGUCUGCUGGGCGUGCCAUGCCGUUGCUCUGAUGGGGCUUUGUGCCCUCCAGCUGCGGCCGGAGCCAAGAGACUGGUGCACGCCUCUACAGCGCCUUCGAGGCCCCGCUGGGCUGGUUUGGGAGUAGCCGCCCGGGGGCCUGUUCCAGGGAUCUUCUCGCCCAGAGGAAGAAGGGGCUCCACCUCUGCAUCGGUCUGCCCCAUUCGAUGCCUCCUGUGAUCCUCCUGCUCAUCCCCCUGAGAAGUGAAGCUGCUCCAGACGGUUGCCGGCCCUGUCUCCCACGGAUGACUGACCCACCGCACUGGCCGGUGGCUCCCCUUUGCCCCCCAAGGAUGCCUGCGGGGCCCCUCCCUGCUGCCAGGACUCUGCAGUGAUGGUGCCCCCACACCCCCCCCGGAAGAGGGCUCCUGCUGUUGCUGUUGUGCCUCCUCCUCGUUGGCCCAGACCGUCAGCCGGGGGCAUCUGGGGCCCCCGGGCAGGGAGCACCUGGGGAUGUCGGUCUGCCCGGCUCUGGGCGGGUGAAGCGUGGCUGGGUGUGGAACCAGUUCUUCGUGGUGGAGGAGUACACGGGCACAGAGCCACUAUUCACUCAGACUCCGAUGAGGGCGAUGGCUCCAUCAAGUACACCAUCUCUGGGGAGGGGGCCGGCACCAUCUUCCUGAUCGAUGAGCUGACGGGGGACAUUCAUGCCACGGAGCGCCUCGAUCGCGAGCGGAAAACCUUCUACACGCUGCGGGCUCAGGCGCGGGACCGCCAGACCGACCAGCUGCUGGAGCCCGAGUCGGAAUUUGUCAUCAAGGUGCAGGACAUCAACGACAGCGAGCCCCGGUUCCUGGGGGGGCCCUACAUCGGGAGCGUGGCGGAGCUGUCCCCCAUCGGGACUUCGGUGCUGACCGUCCUGGCCUCUGAUGCGGAUGAUCCCAGCUAUGGGAGCAGCGCCCGGGUGGCCUACAGCGUCCUGGAGGGGGAGCAGCACUUCACUGUGGACAGCAAGACCGGUGUGAUUCGGACAGCCGUGGCAAACCUGGACCGGGAGACCCAGGACCGCUAUGAGGUGGUGGUGAGGGCCACGGAUAUGGCAGGGCAGCUGGGGGGCCUCUCGGGCUCCACCACCGUCACCAUCGUCAUCACUGACGUCAAUGACAACCCCCCUCGCUUCCCCCAGAAGAUGUACCAGUUCAGCAUGGUGGAAACAGCCCCGGUGGGCAUGCUGGUCGGGCGAGUGCGGGCGGAGGACGCCGAUGUUGGGGAGAACACAGACAUGGCCUACCAGAUCAAGGAGGAGGGGGACCGGGGGCCCUUCCGCGUGGCCACCGACAGCAACACCCAGGAAGCCCUCAUCUCCUUGCAGCAGCCUCUGAACUUCGAGGCCCAGGCGGUGCACACGGUGGUCUUGGAGGCGCUGAAUAAGUUCGCGGAGCCCCGUUUUAUGGGCCUGGACACCUUCCGGGACCAGACCAUCGUUCUGGUCUCUGUGCUGGACGCAGACGAGCCCCCCGAGUUCCGGCCUCCCAGCGGCCCCCUGGAGGUGCAGGAAGACGCCCUGGUGGGCUCCCUGGUGGGGGUGGUCACCGCGGUGGACCCCGAUGCGGCCAGCAGACCCGUUCGGUAUGCCCUCGAGCCCCCCGAGGACACGGGGCAGAUUUUUGAUAUUGAUGCCCAGACUGGAACCAUCCUGACCAGGCAGGCCUUGGAUCGAGAGACGGCCGGCUGGCACAACAUCACCAUCCUGGCCAUGGAGGCUGAUAAUCCUGCUCAAGUGUCCAGGACGGUGCUCAGAGUUCGCAUCCUGGACGUCAAUGACAAUCCACCCGAACUGGCCAUGCCCUACGAAGCCGCCGUCUGCGAGGACGCCAAGCCAGGCGAGCUGAUCCAGACCAUCAGCGUUGUGGACAGGGAUGAACCGCCAGGCGGCCAUCGCUUCUACUUCACGCUGGGCCCCGAGGCCACCGGCAGCCGCCACUUCUCCCUGCUGGGCAUCACAGACGACACGGCUGGGCUGCACACUCAGCACCUGGGCUUCAACCGGCAGGAGCAGGAUCUGUUCCUGCUGCCCAUCCUGGUGGUGGACAGUGGCCCCCCCGCCCUCAGCAGCACCGGCACCCUGACCGUCCGUAUCUGCGGCUGCGACAACACCGGCACCAUCCAGUCGUGCAACGCCACCGCCUUCGUGGUGUCCCCUUCGCUCAGCCCUGGUGCCCUCAUCGCCCUGCUGGUCUGCCUCCUCAUCCUCGUAGUGCUGGUCCUCCUGAUCCUGGCCCUGAAGCGCCACCAGAAGGGGCACCUGCCCUCCGAGGAGGACGAGGACAUGCGCGACAACGUCAUCAAGUACAAUGACGAGGGGGGUGGCGAGCAGGACACCCAGGCCUACGACAUGUCAGCGCUGCGCAGCCUCUACGAGUUCGGCGAGACCAAGGAGGGGGACGAGAAGGGGGCUCCCCCCCCACCGCCCUCGGAGCUGCACUCUUUGCCCCAAUGGCGCCAGGUGCCGGACCUCGACUUCUCCCUCUUCAGAGACUACAUCCGCCGUAAAGUGGGGCAGGCGGACGGCGACCCCUCGGUGCCCCCCUACGACUCCUUCCAGACCUAUGCCUUUGAGGGGGCCGACUCCCCGCUGGCCUCCCUCAGCUCCAUCGCUUCUCGCUCGACGGGCUCCGAGCAGGACUUCUCCUAUCUCAGCGGCUGGGGGCCCCGUUUCCGGCAGCUGGCCACGCUCUACGCCGGGCCCCGGGCUGAGGAGGGCAGCCGCGAGACCUAGGCCCGGCCCAGUUGGGGGCCGGAGUGCUGCUGGAGCAGGGCUCCUGGAGGCCCCAGGGUCUGCCCAGGGACUUUGGGGGCUUGGUGCGAGGAGGGUGGCCUGACCAUUAAGACUCUCCCCCUCCCUGGAGGAAGGACCGAUGCCAGGCAGCUCCUCUGGCAAAUUAUCAUCUGAAUAGGCCUGUGGCAGAAGAGAGCUGCUGGGUGGGAGGGGGACCUUUUGUUGCCAAAUUGAUUUUGUCCCUUGAUUUUCAGCCUUUGACAAGCUUCGAUCUCUUAAGCAGCACCUCUGCCAAAAGCCCAGGCCCUCCUCCUUGCUGGGGGGCUCCCGGUCUCCCUCUUCCUGUGGAGGGACCACCCACCCGGCUUUAGCUCCUGGACAAAUGCCAGUCCACAGCUCCAAAGUCCAGGCAAAGACCUCUCCCUGGCCAGCCUCCCCUCUCCCCCCUGCUGCGGCCAGAGGCCCCAGGCCCCUGCUCCCCCCCCCCACCCGCCCCUCCUCUGCACGCUGGAGUGUGGGGAGCCAGAGGCCAGCAACUAGCCCCCUUGGUGCCUGCAGCCCGCCUGGAAGACCCUCAGGGCCCCAACUCCACUUGGAAGAGGCCCUGGGGCCCCCUUCAGCCCUGCCUUUCCUCGGGGCAUUUUCUAGGCUGUUUCCCCCUUAAGACCGGCUGGCUCCCCCUGGACUGAGAGGCCCCGUCUCAGGAUAUCCGCCCCCUCCCCUCCCCCAGCCCCCCUGACCACUGUGACUCCCCCCAGCCCUUCUGCCAGGGGCGGAGUGGAGGCUGUUCGCCCUCCAGCUCAGGAACUUCCAUGGUUCUUUUCUGGCCCCGGGUGGGGAGCCAGCCCCCCCUCCCCCUGGGUAACUGGAACAGCCAAGCCCCCCACGGGGCCAAACAGGGUAUCUGACAUUCCCCAUCCAGCUUCCACAGCCAUUGGGGGAGGGGGUCACACGGACACCCCCCAACACUGCAGGCACUGAGCCCUCCCUCCCCCCCCACCCCAAGUGGGGAGGAGCUGGCAGCUCCCCUGGAAGGCCUGAGCCUUGUGAGCCUCCGGGGUCCUUCUAGGGCGUGAAAUAAACUCUUUCCUUCUCAUC